AUGCCGAAGCAUAAGAAUUUUAAAUUUGAUGACGGAGAAGAUCUAGUAGCGAGUAGAGAUGGCGGAUCCGAUGAAGAAGCGAAUGAAGAUCUUAGCUUGAAGACAUUAGGGAAAACGUUAUCUAGGCAUGAUUCAAAGGAGACAAGUAUGUCUGGUAGUGUGUUGUUGAAUGGUAGAAAUGUAAUGAUAACCAAUCUAGAAGAAGAUGCCCACCAAAUUUCAGAGGAGAACAUGGUGGAGACGGGUGUACCAAAAGAGCAAGAGAAUGAUAAGGUUGAGAAAUCUUCCGAACCAAAACAUGAAGGAACAUCUAGCAAUAUGGUUUUGAAAAAGCUUCUUCGUGGAGCUAGGUAUUUUGACCCUCCUGAUGCUGGUUGGGAGGCUUGCUAUAGUUGUGGGGAGCAAGGUCAUGCUACUGUUAAUUGUCCAACUCCAACUACGCGUAAGAAGCCUUGCUUUAUAUGCGGCAGUUUAGAACAUGGUGCAAAGCAGUGUGUGCGGGACACGAUUGUUAUAUUUGCAAAAAAGGUGGCCACCGAGCGAAAGAUUGUCCGAUGUGGAUGCUCUGGACAUGACAUGAUAUUGUGCAAGUAUGAGUACUCUCGGGAGGAUUUGAAGCGUUAUGGUCUGUGUCUUGCUACAGAUGUGGUCAACUGGGUCACAUUGGAUUGGUAUGUGGUAGAUACUAUGAGGAAAGCACAUAAAAAGAUUCUGCCAGCUCAUGCUUCAAAUGCGGAGAAGAAGGGCAUUUCUCACGCGAAUGCCCGAACUCAUCGAGCAUAA